CCUUACUGUCCAUCCCCCGACUCAUUUGGACGUGUGCACUCCAUGUGGCCGGUGCAUUGGAGACGGUCGAGCCGAACACAGUACACCAAUCCGGUGCAAGAAGCUCGCAGCGUGUGGGAACAUCUCGUACCCAGGACGUGACGUGUGACGCGCCCUACUCAUCUCGCAGGAAUCGCAGUUCACUUUCACAUCGUGGAUAUUUUUAUUUAUGUAUUUUAUUUCGUCAAGAAACACAAGAACAUCGUCACUGUAAUGCCCUCAAGCAGACAUGACAACUGAUCAAGAAAGUUCCACGGAUGGGCCCUCGAUGGCUGUUACGUUUGCAGCAAAGGGCACGGACAUAACCCCUACAAAAGACCAAGGAAUAAUCAAGGUUGUCAAGCGGCAAGGGCAUGGAGAAUGCCCAAUGAUUGGGGACAGAGUGACAAUCCAUUACACUGGACGUCUCCUCACUGGAAAGAAGUUUGACUGUAGCCGAGAUCGUAAGGAGUCGUUUUCCUUCAAUGUUGGCAAGAGACAAGUUCUCAAAGCAUGGGAUAUUGGCGUGUUAUCAAUGCAAAGAGGAGAGCUGUGCACGUUGCUGUGUAAACCAGAGUACGCUUACGGCCCCGCUGGAAAUUCAGACAAAAUCCCUCCCAACUCGUCAGUGCUUUUUGAGAUAGAACUGCUCAAAUUCAACUUUGGAGAGACACUCACAGAUGAUGGCGGCCUCGUCCGAAGAAUAAAGGUCAAAGGGGACAGCUACUUGAAUCCCAAUGACGGCGCAGUCGUAGAUGUGCAUCUGGAGGGGAGCUGUGACGGUCGACUGUUUGACAUCAGGGACGUCAGCUUUGUUGUCAGUGAGUCAGAGGAUAAAGGUGUUCCUCUGGGAGUAGACCGUGCCAUGGAAAAGAUGCAGAAAGGAGAAUGUUGCAUACUCUACUUAACACCAAAGUAUGCUUAUGGACGCAAAGGAAAGCCAGACUUUAAAAUUGGGCCAGACAAGGACAUUGUAUAUGAGGUAACCCUCAAAGGUUUUAAAAGGGCAAGAGAGUACUGGCAAAUGGACCUGCAGGAAAAGCUAAGCCUGGCUUUAGAAAUCAAGCAAAAAGGGAAUCAGUAUUAUAAGGCAGGACACUACUACUAUGCUGUCAUCCAAUACGAGCGUAUUGUUUCCUGGUUUGAGAUGGAGUUUGGUAAAGGUGUGGAGCAGCAGAGGCAAAUUCGUGACUUUCUCUUGUCAGCCCACCUCAAUUUAGCCUUGUGCUUACUGCGCAUUCAAGAUUUCUCUCUGGUAGUAGAGAACUGCAACAAGGCGAUCGAACUUGACGAAAGCAACGAGAAAGCCUUGUAUCGCCGGGGCGAGGCUCGUCUUCUCCGAAACGAGUUCACCCUGGCCUUGGCGGAUUUUCAACACGUGCUGCAAGUCAAUCCUGCCAAUCGAGCAGCUCGCAGUCAGAUUUCAAACUGCCAAAGCAAGAUUAAGGAAUAUAACGAGCUGGACAAAAGGAUUUACGCCAAUAUGUUCCAGAAGUUUGCAGAACAUGACACCAAGCAACAGGAUGGGAGGACAAGGAGGAAGUGCGAUAAUAGCGUGAGGAGCACCAUGAACGAGGAACCGGGCAUUAAACGGCGACGGAGCCAGGACCGCCCGUCAUGACGUCUGGGAGGAAAUAAACUGCUAAGAUUUCUUCAGGCAAGGAGCAGAGGUGCAUCGGCGCCUCCAAUCCAUACUCCGAUAUUCCCAUUCCAAAGCAGAGGACAAUAUACCUGUUUGAAAAUACUUGAGUGGCUUUUGGACUAUUUUUUUGAAAAUUCCAACAUUAGUUACCUUCAUCUUACAUGGCUCCUGAGAUGAGAUGUGCCUUGGUGGUGUAUGUCCAACCAUGGCUUUCCAGCGACUUGAUUGCACAUGUCACCAUUGGCUGUUUUGGACAGAGACUUGAAUCUAAAGUGCAAUUCGUUCUUUGGAUCAAAUCCAUAAGUGAUGUUUGCAAAAAUGGCUUUAAACUGAACACAACAAUUGUCUUCUUUUCUGAAAAAUUCCUUAAGGGGAAUCGAUGGAUUACCUUUGUCUCGUUGAAGCAUUCAAAAAUGCAUUGCCUUAUUCCUAAAUGAGUUAAUACUAAUAGGAAAAAAGCACAAAUGAAAGAUGCCAAAAAGAUAUAGCCUUUUAUUUGCAAUCUCCAGCAAACAUAUUUUAGGGGUGUAAAAAUUGGUUUCGGAUUAAAAGAUGCAAGUGCAUCAAAUUAAAACAAAUCUAAUCGUUCCACUUCAAUAUCGAACCGUCCUUGAAUCGUAUCGCACCCCAUUUUUCAAGAUAUGGAUCCGAUUAUCACGCCAGUUUACUCAAGCCAACAAAAUGGCAAAACAUUUACAUUAAAUAAGUUUUCAUAAGAAAUUUAGCUGAGUAAUUUUGGUUAUAUUUAGGAAUUAUUUUUCAUCACAAACAUUUGAUAUCUACUUAAACAUUAUGCAAACUACUGGAAAAAGACUUGUGAAUAAUAUACUAGCAAAGUAAUUUAAAAACAUAUCAAAGUUGAAUAAAAUAUUUCCGACCCAUAUUGACCAUUUAAGGUCCCGGAAGUACACAGCAUAUUCCUUUAACCCUCCCCGCCCCCUCCAAAUUCCUUCCACUUUCCAAACUCACAAAUCUAGCCGGGAUAAGAUUCAAUUUAUAUUAAUCCAAGCAUAGUAUUAAUGUUCUCAAUUUAACACAUUCAAUAGCUGUUGAAUGGGAACCAGUUCUGUCUGAUGAAUGACGUUGCACCUUCGGGACUGAUACAAGAUCCUAAUAUGAUUUUGAAGCAAUGAGUACAGUUGAAACUGGUGGCAGCUUUAACAAAUGAACACUGAUUUUAAACUUGGGUUUCAACACAAAUGUAUUAAGUGUCCAGAAAAAUAGAAUUCCUAAACAUGGCAUAAUUUAAGGUGGCCUAUUUCUUUCCUUCUUGUGGCAAAAUGUCAGAAAUGCCCUAAUUGUCCAUUUGUACUUUCUGCAUGCUAACUGAUGACACCACUUUGACAUAAACAAAGAAAGGUCAAAUUAGGUGUGGUCUUUCAAAGGAGACAUUUCAAAAUAAGCAUGAGAAAUGUAAGUAAAUGAGGGAAAGCCAUUUCUGAUCAUAAGAUCAAAUCGAAAUGGGAUCAUUUGAUGGAACAAGUGCUCCUUUAUGGAUGUCUUUUUUUUUUUAUCGUGUGAAUGUUAAUAGCAAUGCACUUUGGUCAGACAAUCUUUUGACUAAAUGUCUGGGAAAGUACCAGACAAUAAUUUUGAGAUGUUUUAUAAACAUUGAUAUGUUAAAAACUAAAAACCUUAACUGUCUCAAAUAUGGUGCGAGUGGUAAUAUUAAUUCAUUUUGAAAUGACUAUAAUCAUUUUCUACAGUGAAUGUGGGCAUGAAGUACUUUUCUAUCGUUAUAAUACCCCACACAAAAAAAAGUGCAUAAUUGGCAUAAAUAGAUAAAACCAAACAGUCAAAAAGAAGCACUCUCAUAAUUGGUUUUGAACGGAAGCUACGGGUUUUUCCUUCACGUUUACAUGCAAUCACACUUGUGUUUCAUGUUUGAACCUGGCAUUGAAGCAAAACAAAUACUUACAGGCAGAAAUGAUGUAAGGUACCAUUCAUGUGAGUGUCAUAUGUAUUUUUUGUAUUUGUAUACAUUUUUUGCACUUCAGAAAGCAUAAAUAAACAUUUGCAUUCACGAAA